AAGAGAGAGGGAGCUUUCCAGUAACGACGUAUCAUUCUAUCUUCUUUCAAUAUCAGUAAAUAACAAAGAUAGAAUGAUAUUCUGUGUCGCUCUGUGUCGUUGCUGGAAAGCUCCCAUAAACAUACUUUCUUUCACUCUACUAAUGCACUAGUACAGUAGUGCAGCUAAAAAGAACAGUCCCAGUGAUGUUUCAAUCACGCAGCCAACGAUUGGCUCGUCCGGACAAACGGCGGUAUCCUAUUGGCUACGCCAUAUUGUUGAAUCAAUUCGUGCAUCGCGACGCGAUUGGUUGUCAUCGUCUUUAAAAAUAUGGCGCACAUAAUUUUGUUAUCGUUCCUCUUAUCUCUUACGUUUCGGUCUUUUCAAGCAUUUGACAGGUGUGGAAGAUUAAAUGCAUGGGAGGGGAAUGAAAUUGACGUCAUUGUGUCAGUUGACGUAAAGGUGAGUUGUGCACGCUUCUCGUCUACGUGAACAUCACCGUGCAGAAAAAAAAUGAAAUAUUCGCAUUAUAAAUUCCUGCGAACGGCAUCAAUGAACGAUGACUCGUCUUCGCGAUGUUAGGACGUGUCGUCAAGCUAACAACUGAGCUAGAAUGAAUUCUCACGCGAGCUCGAUCAGCUUUUUACGUUAUUCGCGACGUUCGUAGCGACGAGAUUCGUCGAUUUGAUCCUGGCAAACAUGAAUAAGAGCCACGCGAACAAGAGACUGAACCAGCUGCCGAGUUGGCUGUGGACCAACUCGACUACAUUGCCGCCAGUUUACAAGAUGGUAUGGGAGGCGGUGCGAGACGAUCGAGUCAGGUCGAACGGCAUGCAAACCGAGUUGCUCGUCGAUACCAACAAGGUAUUUCCGCUGCUGCUCACCAGCCAGUUGCCCACGGAGGUACUUGGUCACAUAUGGAGUUUAGCUAACCAGAAGUACGCGGGACAGCUGACCGAGCAAGAGCUGUACGUCGUGCUGGCUCUCGUUGCCGCUGCACAGACUUCUUACACCUUCAACAGUCUUGACAUAUUGCAUUUACUUCCCUUCCCACCGACGCCGUACUUAAACAUAGAUUGUUUAAUGAACCUGCAACCCACUGCACAGAUAAACACGCAGAAAUUUCAAUAUUAUGCUAACGAGGAGUUCAAUGUCAAUAGUAUAGGUAUAGAAGGGAAAUAUAUUCCUGAUGUUAAAGGAAAAGCUAAAGUUAGAUCUCAUGUGAACGCAAUGCCUGAUGCAAGUAUACCUUGUUCGAAUAAUACAUCUGGAAAGUCGUCGUGUUCCGAUAGCAAGAUUCUAAUGUCUGGUGCAACUGCAAAUAGUUUCAAUAAUCUGUUUAAAGAUAUAAAAUCAACUCAGCGUGUUCAAACCGAUGUUCCACCUGCAUCAGCAUCAUCCUUUGACGAGUCCUGCGAUGAAUUUACUGAAUUUCAAAGCGCGCCAAUUUCUAGCGUUCCUACUGCAUCAAUUUGGGAUAGUAAACAAGGUUCCGCAAUUGGCAGCAGACUUGCUAAUCAUAAUCUAGGAGUAAAGAAAACAGUCGACAAAGUUAAGAAAGCCACCACUGGAACGAAAGCUAUACAUAUUAAUACUCAAAUUCGUACAUCUGCACCUGUAAAUUUACCAUAUCAAAAUAAGGAUCAGUCUGCAAUAGAAGCCCCGUUAGAUUUAUUUUCUAAAUGUGGAGUAAAGAAUCAGUCAAAAACAGUAAUACUUAAAGAUACCGUAAUCAGAAAUAAUGAUUCGCCUAAGGAUUAUAAUGACAGUUUUAACAAUUUGGCAAGCAUAAUAGAGCCUAUAUCUCUUAGCAAUGAUAAGGAGAUAUUACCUAAAGCAGAGUUAACGCCAAAGGCUGUCACAGUAGAUAUGUCUAAUUCUGUUCAACAAGAUUUAAUGAGCUUGCAACAAGUCGAAGAUAAAUACAGUGCAUUGCGUGCAUUAGUUCAGGAAACGUCUGUUGUGAAUGAUGCAAGUUUAGAUUUAACUGUUAAUAAUCAAUCAGCCGACGAGUUCGGAGAAUUUAUGUCUGCGGAACAACCCGCUAAUCAUCCCACAAUCAUAUCAGAUGCUUCGGAUACUGAAAGCUUUAGCAAUGUAUUUGCAGAUUUUGAGUUUAGUAAAGCACACUCUAAUGUUGACAACAAUAAUUUAACAGAUUUAAACUUUAUAUCUGAAGUAUCUGAGUCGUUUAAUAAUUUAAAACUCGAUGACGGGAUUGAAGCACAAUUGGUAGAGUCAGGAAAGAAUGUUCAAAAAGAGGAUGCUAUUUCGGUAAAUAGUGUAGAAUUGAUUAGUGGUCCAUCAGAAGCACUGCCACGAUCAGGAUCUGUGCCUAGUUUAGAUCUUAAAUCAUUUUUACCUUCAAACAUAGAGGAAGAUCAAGUUGUAGAAGCUUCACAGCAGACUAUUUAUUGGGAAUGGAAACAAUAUAUGGAAAGUUGUGUUUUAUUGCUACAAGUUGCAGCCAAUAUAUUUACUAAUAUAACAUCAGAAUUAGUCUUGCAGGAAGUUGUAAAUUCAGCUCAAGGAUAUAAUUUUCUCUGCCAAUUAGCUGAAGUUGCAGCUGUUUGUAGACGUGUUAAUUUUUCAUACAAGGAAUUGGACAUAAAUAUUAUUGGAUUUGAUGAUCUUUUAAUGGAUAUUGAUCGGAUCUGGGCUGAAAUGGAACCUUUUUACGCUAAUAUACCCAUUGUUACUGAGCUACCAGCUUGGCCAUUACAUCAGGGAGAAUGUGUGUCUUGUUCUCUAUGUUUAACAGUUAUUACGAGUGGUCGAGUUGUUUAUAAUGAUAAUAAUUAUCAUGUAACAUGCGCGAAUUUGUGGCUUAAUUGCGUAAACAAUCAAUUGCCGGUAAUGCGAUAUUCUUUACUUUAUCAACCAAAUAUAUGUCCAGGAAGUCACAUUUAAAUGCUACUCUGCAUUGCAAUGUUUUCUAAUUUAUAGACUAAGAAUAUGCAUUUUACAUACAUAUCUUAUUAAUAGAAUUCAUAAAUUUAUCUAAUAUUGAGAAAAAUUUCUAUAUAAAAGUAGAGCUCUGAUAAAAUUUUCAUUAACUAAUAAAAUUAAAUCACCUACAUGUACAUAAGUAAACAGAAUGCAAUUUUACACAU